AUGUCUUUGGGAAAAGAUUACAUGGGCUUGACGGGCCGAGUCCGACAGUUCAACAGCAUUGAGCCGACGACCAUCCCUCCUUCCUUCGGCGACCGCGACGGUGUGCAACUCAUCCGGCAAAUCACUGGUGGACCGGGCAACGAGUUUACCGAUCUGGCCCAGCGCUCCAGCUCUGGUAUCUUGUGGCUCGCAGAUCUGGUGUGGAGCCCCUAUGACAGCCGUCUGGUGCCUUGUAGCACUGGCACUUGUGCCUUGGGUGCUGCCUGGGUCCCGUCGGACCGCAUUGCCCAGUGUGCUGCGGGGACCGUCUUCUCCGUGCAGCUUGGGUGCAUCGCAUGUGAGGCGGGCAAAUAUGCAGCAGCAGGGAUGCUUGAGUGCCAGCCAUGCGAUGUUGGUACGUUCACCAACGUAUCGGGCAUGGCAGCAUGCCAUCCAUGUGCACCGGGGAGUUACAAUAAUGUGCUUGGGGCAGAUGGGUGUGAGGAGUGCAGCCAGGGGUUCUUUGCGAACGAGACAGAAUCCACUGGAUGCAUGCAGUGCCCGAUUGGCUCCUAUGCGUCACAGAAAGGCUUGGCGACUUGCACAGCAUGCCCACCUGGGCUGACGACCUUCUCUAGAGGUGCCCUUGAUUCUGACGCUUGCCUGUGUCAGGGCGAGUUGUACCAAGGACAGUGUGUCGUAUGCACUGGCAACACACGCUACGACGCUGGCGAAUGCAUUCCGUGCUUAGAGGGUUUGACAUGCGACGGAGGUCGCACUGCAGAAGUGCAGCCGGGUUUCUUCACCGACACCGCCGCUCCCUUUGAUGUCUACAGAUGCCUUCCAGUGGAGUCCUGCCCCGGCGGCUUGCCGGGGGCGUGCGCCGGAGGACGGGUAGGUAUUCCAUGCACACAAUGCCCGGCUGGUCAAGCAUGGAAUUCGGAUGCUUGCAGGGAUUGCACCCCUUUCAGUGUAGGCGGUUGGCUCAUUGCCGGCAUUGCUGGCAUGGUUUCCAUUCCGGCACUCUACUACAUGAUGAACAUGAAGCAGACGGCCAAGGCCACCACAAUGUUGGCCACCUCGUGUGCCCUGGCCAUGACAAUCAGCAUGCUGCAAAACGUUGGGAUCGUGGGCUACAUCUCGUUCAGUUGGCCGUCGGAGCUUCAAUGGAUGUUCGAUCUGAUGAGCCUUUUCACGUUGGACCUGCAAGCAGUGGGCUUCGACUGCGUGUCCAGUUCGCCAGUUGCCGGAUACCACAUGACAGCCGCCAUGCUGCCAUGCGCUUUGGUGUGGCUGGUUGUGUGCAGCUUCCUCAGCAAGCUCUUGCCGGCCCGCUGGCAGUUCGACAGCGGCAAGUUGAUCAGUACUCUGGGCCAGUUUAUGCAGGUCAGUUUCACGAUCUACAGUAAGAUUGCGUUGUCCCCGAUGAUGUGCUACUCGCAUCCAAAUGGCAAAAGCGGCAUGCUGGAGCACAACGGCAUCUUCUGCUUCGAGAGUGCUGAGCACACGCCCAUGUUCAUCGCGGGGGUCUGGGUCCUUUGUGGAAUGAUCAGCUUCUAUGCCCUCGCAAUUUACGCCACAGUCAUUGCCCCGAGAAGAGCCGCAGCUGGGGACGCGUGGUUCCUUGCGGCAACACGCUUCCUUCUCUUCCGCUUCCGCAGCGACUGCUGGUGGUAUGGAACUUUCAUGAUGCCUCGCGGUCUCUUGCUAUCGCUGGCAAUCGUGGCCGCAGGUGAUAGUCCUUAUGUGCAGAUGUUGAUCAUCGUGUCCGUGAUGCAGAUCUACACGGUCGUGCAGCUCAUGACGUGGCCCUGGAAGCUUCCGGCCUUGAACGCCUUCGACGCAACCAUCAGCUUCUGCCUGAUCCUGAUGAUGGCCAUUUUGGGAGCUUUUGCACCUGAGUUGUCCGAGGGCACCAUGCAGCAGCUCACGAACGCCGUCAUCGGCAUCGUCAUCUUCCUCAACGGCGUGGUCUUCCUGAUGCUUUGUGUUACUCUCUCCGCUUUGGUCCGACUGAAUGUCAUGGGUGGCUCUCAAGAAAGUGUUCUUCUGGCACUUGGAUCCAUUCCCAAACCCCACGUUCUCAGUGAGAAGCUCUGCCUUCUGUCGAAGAGGAUCCAGGACUUGGGCCAGGAUUCCAUGGGAGCUGUGCUCGCGAACCUUUCCAUCUAUGACUUGCGCAUGGCCGCACAGAUCGUGACAGCCGUGGGCUCCGAGGUGGGGGAGGCCUCGUUGGUGCUGACGAGGCGAUCGCAGCUGAUGUCCACAUCUUCCGUGAUUUCCGCCAAGGCGCUUGAGAAACAGAUGCCGCUCAGCGUGUCCUCCGAGGUGGCCAAGAAGGAAACAUCAAUGAUAGCCCACGAAUCCCACGAGCUAGAAGAUGCUAAAGAUAGCAGUAGAGCUGCGUUUUCCGAUCCGGCUCAGUCAGCUUGGCUGUAG